AGUCGCUGGCCAGCAAUGACGACCAGCAGAUCAUCGGCGUCCGCGUCAUUCAGUCGACCGGCUUUCUGGAAGGUGCCCGGUUACGAGCUGCCCUCGUCCUACCGCCCACAACCGCCCUCAAAUCCUCCGCUUGUGCCGCUUGUACCGCUGCUAUCACCCUGCAGACGGCGCAGCAGCAGCGGCCUGAAGAAGCGCGUCCAUUUUGCCGAUGAACAAAAUGUGGGGGUGCAAGUGGGCAGCCCAGCGCACGGGGAACUGCUCCGUGGCGAUAUCAUCUCGAAGAUCGGCGAGUACGAUGCACGCGACCUGAGUCAUGCGGAUGCACAGCAGCUGUUCCGCGGCGCUGGCAACGAGAUCCGCCUGGUGGUGCACAGGGACAACAAAAUCGCCUACACGCAGGGUGGCACUCAGGAGGCAGGACCUGGAUCGCGUAGCAACUCCACUGUGCCACCGCUCACUCCGGAUCUUUUGCCCCACCGUGGUCCGUCGCCCUUUUUGCCGGGACCCAGCCACUUUGAAAGGGCGCUCCAGUUGCCAGUGGACACCUUGCCGCAGACCGUGUUUCCCCAGCUGAACUCAUCCGGUGGCUACGAGGUGCCUUCGGCUGUGUUCUCACCCAAGCCAACCAGGGAUCAUCAGCAGGAUGUCGAUGAGGAGCAGGCCGCCAUUGUGAAUCAGCCCUACCGUACAACUCCGCUGGUCCUGCCCGGCGCCAAAGUGAAGAAGGAUGCGCCCACGACAGAGUCCUACUUGAGGCACUACCCCAACCCGGCUGUGCGCGCCCACCCAGGACACGACUACCAUGACAGUAUCAUGAAGCAGCGUGUGGCCGACACCAUGCUGCACAAGGUUGUCGGUUCGGAAGCCGACACUGGCCGCGUCUUCCACAAGCAAUUCAACUCGCCCAUCGGCCUGUACUCCAACAACAACAUCGAGGACACCAUCAGAUCCACAGUUCCCUUCGCCACAAGCGAAAGCAAUCGCUUGAAGGACAGUCCUUUGCAUCGUCCUUUGCCAACAAAACUUAACGGAAUUUUCAUCGAUCUAUCUUUCCUGGAACAAAAACGUAUUAUUCUGGAGCAACAAAAGCAAAAAGAACAACUUGCAGAGCAACAACGUCAACAACGCCAGCAUCAACUGCAAAUACUCUAUCAACAAAACAAAUGAUCAAUGAAAUAGUAGCCAAAAAACUGAACCCACUUCUACUAGACUAUGAGCCAAAUACCCUUUCCCAAUACCCCCGCUGAAAGUCCCUCCCCUCUCCGCCUUUUCGACCCAAGCCCCCCAACAAGACUAAUCCGAAACUAAAAGACGUUUGCUGAAUUAUAUUUACGAACUGUUUGAAAGACAGCACUGAAAGUUCCUAUUCAUGAUCCCCAUUCCCAUCGCCAUCACACUAACCAUCGCCCAAUGCAACCCAUCCAUAUUAACCAUCCUAAUCCCGCCCGAUCUCAAGGCUUCGAAUCAUCCGAUGACAUAUCUCGAAUAAUCUCAAUAUAAUCUCGCAUCUGUUAUGCAGUUCUGUUCGAUUACACUUAAUAAUAAUAAUAACUAGCUCGUAAGGAAUUUGUUAAUGAGUUACCUAUUAAUCGCAAUCCGUUUGAGGAGUGUGCAGUUCCAAGACAACGAAGCACACCUAUUGCCCACCAACAACAGCAACAGCAACAACAAACUACAACUACAACAAAAACAAAAUAAUUCUAACGUAUUUUGUGCACAUCCUGUUUUCUCUUUCUAUUCUCUCACUACUCUGUCUCACGCUACUCAACCGAUGUAAAAAAAAAAAAAAAAAUCAAAAACCAACAUAUUCUUUAUAAAUCUCGAUUAACAAACAACAAUAAAACGAAUUAAAAAAAUAAAUCUUUUGAAAACUUGCGUAACACCAAACAAAAAUCCAACGGCGCUUUCAACGAUCUCAAUGCAAAUCCCCGAAUUACUGAAUCUUAAUCCGAAUCCGAAACCGAAUCCGGAAUCCAAAUCACUGACCACU